CGGGACACAGCCACAGAGACCGACUGAGAUUUACCGAAGCGGGAUGUCAAAAACCUCCAGGCUGGCCCGGCCUCCCUCAGCCGGUGCCGGAUCCAAGCUGCCCUCCCCCAGGAAGGAAUGCCCUGGCACAGCUCCUUUGGCCGGUCAGGCCCGUGUGCAGAGCGUGGGUGAGAAGCUGAUGAGGGCGGGCACUGACCGUGUGUUAACCAGGCAGAAAUCGCUCACGGACAAAACACAGAGCAAAACCCAGGUGGUACAAAAGGGCCCAGGUGAGGCGGGACCUACCAUGGAGUCAAACCCUCCAAAGAGUAGAACCAGCACGCCUAAAGUGUCCAACCAGCAUCAAAGCUCUGUCCACAUGCAGACCAAGAGCAACUUGAGGGUCACCUCCCCCGAGGACGCCGAGCACACCACACGGAGGCAGGCGUCGCCAAAUGGGGCACCCGCUUCCAGGGCAGACGCCAAAGGCAGCGGCCGCGCCAUCCCGCGGAGACACACGCUAGGGGGGGCUCGCAGUAGCCGAGAGAUCCUGGCCAUGCAGCCGCCCGACAUGGACAAGAAGAGGGAGGCCUUCCUGGAGCACCUCAAGCACAAGUACCCCCAUCACGCCUCAGCCAUCAUGGGCCACCAAGAGAGGCUGCGGGAACAGAGCAGAAGCCCCAAGCACUGCCCCAGCCCCCAGCCCGGCGUGGACGUAGACCACAUCUCCCUAACGUCCCUGGACUCACUGGAGGCCAUGUCCGAGGUAGAUGCGCCUACAGGCUUCACCCGGGGCAGCCGGAUCCGCGCCAGUCUGCCCGUGGUCCGAUCCACCAACCAGACCAAAGACCGCUCGCUUGGCGUGCUCUACCUGCAGUACGGCGACGAAACUAAACAGAUCCGCAUGCCCAACGAGAUCACCAGCAUCGACACGGUACGAGCCCUGUUCGUCAGCGCCUUCCCGCAGAUGCUCACCAUGAAGAUGCUGGAGUCGCCCAGCGUGGCCGUCUACGUCAAGGACGACAUGAGGAACAUGUACUACGAGCUUAGCGAUGUCAGGAAUAUUACGGACCACUCCUGCCUGAAAGUCUACCACAAGGACCCAGCGCAGGCAUUCAGCCACGGGCCCCGACCGGCCAAUGGCGAUGCCAGGAUGCACAGCGAGAUGGUGAAUCCUCUUAGGCAGGCCCCAAUGGGUCCGCCAGCACACCACCCCCCGUUGCAGGCGGCGCUCCCUCCGUCCCCGCACUCCCCUUCCCGGAUCCCGUUCGGCCCACGGCAGGGCUCUCUGUCCGGUAACGGCACCGUGCCCAGGGAGCGCCUAUCCACCGCCAACGCCCAGGCCCGUUCCAGCUCGCCCUGCCCGAGCGCCAUCCUGGAGAGGCGGGAUGUCAAGCCUGACGGGGACAUGGGCGGGAAGGGUCACAGUCUCACCAGGGGGAACGAGGGUUUGUACACUGACCCGUACCUUCUCCAGGAGGCACGCAUGGGCAUGGCGACGUCCCACGGACCGCACCCCAACCCUGGGCACGACGGUUCAGACCACGGCUUCCACCGGGCAUCCAUCCGCUCCACCGGCUCUUACAGCGGGCCCAGUCCCACGGACUCAAUCGACCAUCCUUCCCUGUACAGGCAGAAGUCAAGAAACAGCCAACUUCCCACGCUGGGCUCCAAAACCCCUCCGCCGUCCCCUCACCGGAUGGCCGACGUGCGGCUCAUCGACAUCCACGCUGGUGUUCCCAUCGAGAGGAGCUCGUCCGUCCGCCAGUCCUUUAGGAAAGAGGAUGUGACUGGGACCAAGCCCAGGAACACCAUGGCGUCGUCAGACCUCCAGGGCCAGCCUCAAGGGCCCGUCCCGGCUGCAAGUGACAUUCAGACACGAGAGCGAAUGAAGGCAAUGGAGCAACAGAUUGCCAGCUUGACUGGCCUUGUUCAGCAUGCACUUUUAAAGGGGCCAGACACUAGUGGCACCAAGGAGCCUCUAAGUGAGAGACCAUCGAAGACGUCAUCUCCAGCGCACAGUGCACACAGCUCAAGUGGCUCACCAGUUUUGGCGCCCAAGUGCAACGCUUCCGCUUCGUCGGCGGGACCGCAAGACAAACAGAGCCUGAUUCCUCUCAAAGCCAACCUGCUGCAGUUCAGAAAGAACGUGUCCGACCUCAGGAUGCAACUGCAUCAGAUGAGGCAGCUGCAGCUCCAGAACCAGGAGAUUCUACGAGUGCAGCUGAAGCGGGCCGAGCAGGAGAUCGGCGCUAAGCUGGCGGAGGCAUUGCGACGCCUGGAGGACCCCGUCCAGAAGCAGAGGGUUCUGUUGGAAGAAGACCGGCAAAAGUACUUGGGCCUGGAGGAGCGUGUGCUGGCACAGCUUGGGGAUCUGGAGCAGUACGUGGGCACUCUGCAGAAGGACUCGUCGGGGACUCACCGAGCGGUGACCCUCAAGGAUGUGGAAGAAGGGGCGGUGACUCUGAGGAUGGUGGGGGAGUCUCUGGCAGGACUUAAAGGCGAGUUUCCGGCCCUGCAGACCAGAAUGCGCGCAGUGCUGCGCGUGGAGGUGGAAGCCGUCAAGUUUCUCAAAGAGGAGCCUCACAAACUGGACAGCAUGCUGAAAAGGGUCAAGAGCCUGACAGACACGCUGAGCAGUCUGAGAAGAUCUGCAAGUGAGAGCUCUCAGAGAGUGGCCGAUCCUUCUCCUAACAUCCCACUGGACAACAUCCCAUCUCCAGCAGAGACCCUGCCAGCACGAGUCCCCACAGCGGCCCCACCAGAGUCCCAGAGCUCCACUGUUAAAUCCGAGGUGAAGCCGCCCUCUCCGGUGGUGAUCCAUCACGUCCAGAGCUCUCCGGUUCCCGUGCUGCAGUCCCAGCAGUCCGCCAACUUGUCUGCCAGUCAACCCAGCCCGCCUCUCACACCCAGCCCCACUCACUUCAACGCGCCCAGUCUGUCAAGUCAAGGCCGAGAGUCCCCUAAGGCGACGCCCGCGGACCCGCCGAGUCCGGCUCGCCAUAAGAAGGCACGUGGCAGCCCCGUCACCCACGGCAACGGGACCACCAGCCAGGAUCUGGUCAUUGAGGAGCUGCAGCAUAGUAAGGACAAAUGCAAGAACAGAGCAAUGUCCAUAGAGGCUGCAGAGAAGGAGUGGGAGGAGAGGCGGCAGAACAUGGGUCAGUAUGAUGAAAAAGAGUUUGAGAAAAUCCUCCAGGAGGCUGAGGCCAACAUGACAAAGGGCCUCCCCAGUCCUGAUGUGGAAAGUAACCCAAUGCUGCCCCCUGUUGCCAGAAUCCCUUUGGAGUCCCCAACAGAGCCUCAGCCUGAGACUCAGUCAGACAAACCGACCAAGAGGGUUCCUGAGAAGCUCCUGAAGCCGGUGAUGGAAAAACCUGCCAAACCAGUGUCGGAAAGAACCUCCAAGGCCACCGCAAAACCCGCAUCCCCAGACACUUUUAACAAGCUGGGAUCCGAAAAGGCCACCAAGUCCCCGCCACCACCACCUCCGAGGAAGACCUUCUCCAACUCCGGCUCGGGCAUGACAACCACACGGUCAGGAGAGGUGGUCUACACCAACAGGAAGGACUCUCAGGUGGGUGACGAUGAGGGACCACUUCCCGCCGCACAAAUCAAGCCCAACAAAAGCACCCCGCCGGAACCCAAGAAGCCCGCCACCCCUCCUCCUGUCGUGGCCAGGGACGAGGAGGAUGAAGGCGACAGGAUCAUGGCAGAACUCCAGGUUUUCCAGAAGUGCACAGUUCAGGAAUUGGGGCCACCAAAAACUGUGGAGCCCACUACUCACAUCGAAGCGCAAAUAAGGGAGCUAAGACCGGACAAGAAGCAGAGCUCAGAGCCCAAUCGGGAUGAAAAAGAUCCAGACACAGACGAAAACGGAAACACUACUGUCCGGCAAAGCCAAGGGGUCAUAUACUACGUGACCGGAAAGAUUCCGAAAGAGCAUCUGCACCAUUCCGGAACAGAGGAAUCCCAUGAACACCGGGAGCCCGCCCAGUCUCCAUCACAGGUGUCAAAUGUCACUGUUAAUGACAAUUCUGCAGGCCAGCCACAGCAGCAGGAGCAGCAACCGCCCAAGUUACCGCCACCCAAGUCACCACCGCCGAGAUCACCACCACCAAAGUCACCAGCACUCAAGUCACCGCCGCCUAUUUCGCCCAAACCUGUGGGACUGACUGCAUUCAAACUGCCCAGGAAGCCCCUAAAACGCUCAGAGUCCUUAAAAACCAGUGCAGAAAUGGAGAAGGGGAAGAACCUGAACAGAAUUAAGACAGAGAAGAAGAGUCAGCUCGUUCUGGAGUCUGUUUCUUCCACUAAGAAUGCAAAACCCGAGGCUGUGGCCGUGGCGGUAUCCAGAGAGACGUCUAAAAGUUCUGCUCCCCCGCCGCCACCACCAAGGAGGUUAUCAAGUGAGGAGCACAAUCCAUCGAAAUCUAACUUUGAGGAGGGUAAUGAAGAGGCUAGUCUUAGUCCUGACUUACCAGGAGAAGAGCCGCCGCCCCCACCGGACAACAUUGCCUUUAUGAUCACUAACACUAAGGUUCAGGCCCUUUCUUGUGGGGAGUACAAGGAACUGGUCAAUGCCAAGAAAGGAAGCGUCCAGACCGUGACUGUCGGUGGUGGGAACAAUACAGCAGAUCCCGACAUGCCUCUGGAUAAUUGCUUCAACAAGAAGCCCGUCAUCAUUAUUUUCGAUGAACCCAUAGACAUCCGUGCCGCCUACAAGCGCCUUUCCACCAUCUUCGAGUGCGAGGAGGAGCUAGACCGGAUGCUAGCGGCGGAGCGCAUCGACGAGGAGAGCGAGGAGUCAGACACGGACAGGAGCGGAGGGCUACAGGUGAAUGCCGGAGAGCCCGAGGUAUUUGACAGUGAAAAGGUCACUUCAUCUAAAGCCGCCGGAGACCACACCAGCUUGUCAUCCUCGUCUUCAUCAUUAAUCUCGGAAUCGGCAGACACCGGAGAUGCCAAGCAGGAUAGCAAGAAGAAGUUUAAGUUCAAAUUCCCCAAGAAACAGCUGGCGGCACUUACCCAAGCCAUUCGCACAGGCGCCAAGUCGGGAAAGAAGACUCUCCAGGUAGUUGUGUAUGAGGAUGAGGAAGAAUCGGACGGAACUGUCAAGCAGCACAAAGAAUCCAAGAGAUUUGUGAUCUCACGCUCAAAAUCCUCAGCAGAUCCCCUUAAGGCACCGAGCCCGACUCCACUAAAGAGGCAGAACUCGGACUCCGUCUGCAGGACCAACGAGAUCCGUAAGAACACGUACAAGACGCUGGACAGCCUAGAACAGACCAUCAAGCAGCUGGAGACCACCAUCAACGAGAUAGGACCCGUCUCCCCCGAGGAGCCGGGAGAGAAUGGGAAAGUGUCCGAAGAGGUUGGACUGAGGAGGUCCGCCUCGCUCCCGACCUCCAAGGGGUCGGCCCUUAAGCUAGCCAGCAAAGCUUCAUUCCAGAAGAAGACUAAACCUCUGCUCCUUCCGCGGCCUGUAGUCAUCCCCACCAGCACAACCUCCAGCACCACCACCAUCACUGCCCCCAGCACCAUCCAACAGAAUACCAGUGUCGCUUCCCCCACUAGUCGGAUGCCCGUCCCUUUGUCCGCGAAGUCCAGGCAGUCGCCGGCUACUACUGACAAAGCAGGAAAACAGCAAAAACUGCAGGACGCUCAAAGGCAGUUCCGACAGGCUAACGGAAGUACUAAAAGAGUGGGAGGGGAUCAUAAAACUACUUCCCCCACUGUACCCAUCUCUAAAAUCCCCGCUUUUUAUCCUAGCACUACUAAAUGCAGCUCAGACUCCGCUAAUCCCACUAACCCGUCCCCCUCUUCGUCCUCCUCCUCGAAGUCCUCCCUCCUGCCCCCCCACAACGCUCGCUCGGCUUCCCUGCCCUCCUCGCACAUCCCCUCCCUGUCCAACGGCUCCCUCAAGCCCCCCUCGCAGCACACAGCUAAAGCUCUCUCCUUCUCCUCGCAGACCCCCAACGGUCGAGUGCACUCUUCCUCCUCCUUCUCCUCCUCUUCAUCCUCCUCCACCUCCACCUCCCCCUCCCCUCUGUCGCCUUUGGGCCCGGGUGGGAAGAGCAUCCGCACCAUACACACCCCCAGCUUCACCAGCUACAGGGCCCACAACGGCAGCAGCGGCAAAUCCUGCAUCCCGACAGCCUCGCCGGCUAAAGACUAGCCCCGCUUGAGCCCCGCCGUAAUUUUGGGGGGACGCUGACACUUGCUCAUCACCGCAUUUUCAGUCAUCACACUCAUUAAUUGUAUUCCGAUGUGGGCUCUUCUAUCAAGCCUCUUUUAUAUAUAAACCUUGCAAAAUGGCUGCAUCAGAGCUGUGACUGAAGACCCUUUUACCAGGAUUUGGCCUCAACUGUGUGUGCUUUCACUCAGUGAAAGUAAAAUCAGUAAAAUCUCACACAAUUGCUGCAUCAAGGUCAUAACAGAAGUCCACCUUUUACACAGAACCCAGCGAAACUGUUUGCGCUUUCAUUCAGGGACACAAUCAGAUAACCACCUGUUGUGAAGUUUAAAAUAUAUAUCAGAAAGUGCACGGAGAAGUGAGUAAGAAUGGGAAUUAAGAACAAUUCAGUGAUUCCGAUUCCGUUAUCGAUACUGCUUUUUGAUCCUUAUCGAUUCUCUUAUCGGUUCUCAUCAGGUAAGGAAAUGAAAUAAUGCAAAUUGUAUGAUAUAUCAUUAUAUGAUUUGAUAAUACAAAAAUAUUAAGUAUUCCUCUUUGAUUAAAUUGAAGAGCUGCGAGUGUUGCAAGUAGCAACAUCGUAGCGAUAUUGUCUUUUCGUGUGAAGACUUGAGAGUGCGUCAGCCCUGAUGAUGUCAUUACUUAUUUGCGACGUAAGGGGAAUCGAUGAACAAAAUGAUUGUUACGGCUCUGAUACUAUACAGUGCUGCCUUGAGAUACGAGUGACCCAGCUAACGAGUUUAAGAUACGAGCUGUUGUUCGGCCAAUUGUUUUUUUUUCUCUCUCCUAUGAUUUGCAAACAAAAAGUCAAAAUACUCAAAUCGCUUCACAACAGACAGCAGUUUAGCAGAUAGUGAUUAAUUCUUCAAAAAGAGGAUUCCAGCUGUUUAAUGCCACACGCUGUUGAGGUUUACUGUUAAACUAAACAUUAAAAAAAAGAGAACUAGACAUUUUUUUUUAAAUAACCACACAGCUUUGACUUCUGGUAGCUUAAUGCUAACCCACAAUCCAAAACACCGUAGAGUGGCUAACCAUUAGCAUUAAGCAAUAUUAUAGUUGUAUUUUCCUUAUUUAAAAAAAAAAAAAAAAAAAAAAAAAAAAAACACCUAACAAUAUAAACGAUGUUUUUUGGGGCUUGGCUGGAACGGAUUAGAGUGGAGCCAAGAAUACUCUCUGUUCGGCACCUUGGAGUCACCUAUUCUACCCCCCCCCCCCCCCCCCCCCCCACACACACACACAGACACAGUUUUUUCUGCAUUGUUCUUUUAUUUUUUUGGAUGGUGGGAACCAACCCAAAAAUGGUUACUGCAUGUCCCUUAUUCGAGAAUUUGGGGGUGUUUUCAGUUAUGAGCGUGGUCACGGAACAAAUGAAUCCCGUAUCUCAAGACAGCACUGUGUUGCCAGGUUGACUUUGUCCAAUUCUGCCUUGGUUUAACCUCAUUUAUAAAGAACAGUGUAAAAAUUGUAUGGGCGGUGUGAAAGGGGCAACUACAUUAGAGUCAUAUGUACUAUAUUACACAGGCGUUGUACAGGCUUAUAUUUUUCGUACCAGAGCUUUGGAUAAGCGUAGUAUAUUUAAUCUGUCAAUGAUUAUUCACCCUUGUAAAUGCCUUGUAUACAGAAUGUUGAUUUUCCCAUAAAACUCUCAACUGCCAACAUUUGGGGGGAAUAGAAAAAGAAGCAAUAUGCUAACUAAUAACUUAGUAAGUGUGCCUGUUUGCCAAAGUUGUCCAAGUUUUGGGGGGAAUUGAGGGGAACACGCAUUUGUGUAAUGUCUGUCAUGUAAACUGUUUUAGAAACUUGUACAUACAAUAAAUGCCUCUCAACUAAGACAAUAGGUAGUUUUGUUAACACGCCAAAGUUUAUUAUUUGUAUGCAUGCCUAUCCAUCAGAUACUUUAGGAGAGUGGUGUAAAAAUAAAAGAAUAAUGUUUGCACAGGUGGA